AUGGCUUCACCAACUACGAAUAAACCUUCCACAGUAACGCCGACAAAUCCAAAGACAAACCCAACAGUGAUUUUAGCACUACCCAAGAGAGAUGAUUCCAAUAAACAAAACUCAUCUACUAAAAGUAAAUCAAAGGGAACGGUAAAUAGCGGCAAUGGUGGCACACAACAACAAUCUGACCCAAACAAAAUGCAAGAUGUCUUAUUUUCAGCAGGUGUAGAUAUAAGAGAAGAAGAAGCAUUAUUACAUUCUUCAAUAAAUCAAUCGAAAUCGAAAACUCCCUUAGAUAUAAAGAUACCACCACAUCCUCCAUUCUUACAUCCUGAACAAGUAAAUAAAUUCAUGCAAAGAGUCAUGUUGGAACAACAACAUCAUCAAAUAUUAAUUAAUCAACAAAAUUAUAAACAAAAUCCAAAACAAAAGACUCCUGAAAUUUUACAAAUGAUAUCAGACGCUUGUGAAGACUAUAUGAAAGAUAUCAUAACAAAUACAUUGGUCAUAUCACGACAUAGAAGGAAAGCAAUCAAAGUCAAUACUGGGAGGCGAAGUGAAAUAUCCAUGAUCUUAAGAACAAUGGCAAUAAAUGAGAAAAAGGAGGAAGAAAAACGUGUAAAGAAAAGAAUAGCAUUGGGUUUAGAAAAGGAAGAUUUAGAAAAUAAAUUGGAUUCAGAGGAAACAUUACAUAGAGCAUCAAAUGUGACUGCAGGGUUGAGAGCAGGUAGUAAGAAACAAUAUGGAUGGUUAACCUCUUCUGUUAAUAAACCAACUAAUACCACUGUGAAAUCUGCUGGGAAAGUCGCUGCAGAAAUCGCUGCAAGAGGUGAAUUAGGGUUGAAAUUUAGAGAGGCAAGAGAAGAACCAGGUAUUGUUAUGAGAGAUUUGUUAUUUGCAUUGGAAAAUAGAAGAAUUGGUGUUCAUAAUGUUAUUUCUAAAGGUUAUGCACGUAUUAGAGAUUGA